UGUAUCAUCUCCUUGUGUUAUUUAUUUGUUGGUAAUAUUUAUUCAUUAUUCACAUUUCUUGGUUUUGUUCAAUGGCUUGCAAUUGGUUUAUGUGUGUUCAUUGUGAUUGUAUUUCGUAUAACUAGACCAAAUUAUCCACGUCCAGUGAAAGCACCAAUUUUAUUCCCAAUCAUUUAUGUACUGGUCUCUAUAUUCUUAGUGAUUUUUGCAUUUACUGCUGCACCGAUUGAAUCAUUACUUGGAGUUGUUAUUCUUUGUGCUGGUAUACCACUUUAUCUCAUUGGAUGUGUAUGGAGAAAGAAAUCGAAAUCAAUUGAAAGAAAAUUUGAAUCAUUUACUAUUGCAGUACAGAAAUUGUUUAGAGUUGUACCAUCGAGUUAA